AUGGGAUCUACAUGGGAACGCACCAUCGCAAUUUCAAGUCUUCGCCAAGUCGACGAAUAUGCCAGAUCCGAAGUCGCCAUGAGUGUAAAUCUUCAACCAGGAGAAUCACGAGGGUAUUGGAAACAGCAGGAUCCAGAUCUGUGGUUUAGACCCGCAGAUCGGGAAGUCACUCCGGAGACCCAAAGGCCUAGCAAGAUCGCGGAGUACCAAUGGUCAACAACCAUGGAUCUACUACCGGGAGUAUCCCGUGGUUACUGGAAGCAUCAUUCGCCAGGCAAAUGGUUUCGUCAGGCGAAGAUAACAAGCAAGAUCCACAAUGAGAAGGCGAACUUCCUCUUAGAUACCGACGCCGAGGUGUCCAUCGUGGACACCGCCUUUGCUCGUAAGAAUCUGGCGUUUGAAGCUACGUCAGACACCCGAUCCGAAGAAAUGGAGGUCAAGAACCCGCUGGUUACCGUGGUGGAGCGGCCCGAGUAUGAAACCCCGCGCGCAAUACUCCAAAGACCGAAGGCAACGUUGAUUCAGCGUUUGAAAGUCGAGGCAAGUCAGGAUCAAGAUAUUCCGGACUGCCCACCCUCCGACGAGUCGCCGCCGGACAAGUCGCCGUCGGUGAUGCGACCGUUGGAUCUAGCGUCUGUCGCGAGCGAAGAGUCGGAUCUAUCGUCUAUCGCAGACGAAGACCCUAUAUCACAUGCCGUAACUGUCGAGGAGGCGCCAGAAGAUCGCGAUCGAGUGACACCGGACACAUGGGCGACUAAUCCGCUGGUGGAGAAAACCACAGACAUGGAAGGACGGCGAGAAGAAGAUAGCCGAGGUGAAAUUGAGGACGUCAGCCUGGACCAACUACAUCCGAUGGCGCAAGAUCAAGGAACAUCGCCGUCGGAGUGCGUGUACCACGUCUAUGUCGAAAAAAAAACGGACUUGGAUCCAUCACCUAUUGUGGAAGAUCAACCAUGCACAUCGGAUCUGGAUCUUACCUGGGAUUCAGACCAAGAUUAUGAUGAAUGCGUGUAUUACCAUGAAGGAAGCGAUCUAUACGCCGAAGAUGUCGAUGAUCAGAUGGCGGUGCUGCCCGAAGUACCUGUGACGACGGAAGAUGUAAAGAUCGAAGAUAUUCAACUAUGCGGAUCUGAUAAUCAAACUCCAGAGGAAGUCGAGCGACUCCGCCAGAAGAUUUCUCUUGAUCGGGAAAGGAAAUGCCCUUCCGCCGGCAGCCAGAGACCCAUCGCCCUUAAGUGCCGUAAGUUGCGGAUCCAGUUCAGGGAGAAGCUAGUAGAUCUGAUCAAGGGUCUAUUGUCCGCCAAGAUGAUCAACUAUUCCAGAUCACCAUGGGCUUCCCCAUCGUGGUGA